AUGGACAUGCUGGCUUUCUUGGGCAAGGAGUCUGAGGACAACUCAGGCUCAGCCUGCACGGGGCUGUUCCAGGACACUGACCUGCUGUCCCCCGGCACCCUGGUCAAUGCGGCACAUGGAGGCAGUGGCGGUGGCGGCCUGGAGAGCAGCCGGCACCUGAGCCGCAGCAACAUUGAUAUCCCCCGAAGCAAUGGUGUCGAAGACCCCAAAAGGCAGUUGCCCCGGAAGAGGAGUGACUCAUCCACCUACGAGCUGGAUACCAUCCAGCAGCACCAGGCCUUCCUGUCCAGCCUCCAUGCCAGCGUGCUGAGGAAUGAGCCCAGCUCCCGCCGUUCGAGCAGCUCCACCAUGCUGGAUGGCACAGGGGCUGUGGGGAAGUUCGACUUUGAGAUCGCAGACCUUUUCCUCUUCGGGUGCCCGCUGGGGCUCGUCCUGGCCUUGAGGAAGACCGUCAUCCCUGCCCUGGAUGUUUUCCAGCUGCGGCCGGCCUGCCAGCAAGUCUACAACCUCUUCCACCCCGCGGACCCAUCCGCCUCCCGCCUGGAGCCGCUGCUGGAGCGGAGAUUCCACGCCCUGCCGCCGUUCAGCAUCCCCCGCUACCAGCGCUACCCGCUGGGGGACGGCUGCUCCGCGCUGCUGGUCGAGACAGUGCAGAGAAACCCCGAGCUGGUCCUGGAGGGUGGGCCCCUGGCCCCUCUCCCCCCAGGGGACGGCUUCCUGGAAACCAGUAUCCCCGUUCCCGCGCUCACCUGGCAAGACGGGCCCCGCCCGAGCCCGGGCUGUGCUGAGUCGGACGCGCUCCAGACCCACAACACAGUCUUUCAAGAGCACGCGGCCCCCUCCUCGCCCGGUGCAGCCCCCACCACCCGAGGCUUCCGCCGAGCCAGUGAGAUCAGCAUUGCCAGCCAGGUGUCGGGCAUGGCCGAGAGCUACACAGUGUCCAGCAUCGCCCAGAUUGCAGCAAGGUGGUGGGGCCAGAAGCGGAUCGACUAUGCCUUGUACUGCCCCGACGCUCUGACAGCCUUCCCCACCGUGGCCCUGCCCCACCUCUUCCACGCCAGCUACUGGGAGUCAACGGAUGUGGUCUCCUUCCUGCUGAGACAGGUCAUGAGGCAUGACAAUUCGAGCAUCUUGGAGCUGGAUGGCAAGGAGGUUUCGGUGUUCACCCCCUCAAAGCCAAGAGAGAAGUGGCAGCGCAAGAGGACUCAUGUGAAGCUUCGGAACGUGACCGCCAACCACCGGAUCAACGAUGCAGUCGCCAACGAGGAUGGCCCGCAAGUUCUGACGGGCCGGUUCAUGUAUGGGCCCCUGGACAUGGUCACUCUGACUGGGGAGAAGGUGGACGUGCACAUCAUGAUGCAGCCGCCCUCGGGCGAGUGGCUGUACCUGGACACGCUGGUGACCAACAGCAGCGGGCGGGUCUCCUACACCAUCCCCGAGACCCACCGCCUGGGUGUGGGCGUCUACCCCAUCAAGAUGGUGGUCAGGGGAGACCACACGUUUGCGGACAGCUACAUCACCGUGCUGCCCAAGGGCACGGAGUUCGUGGUCUUCAGUAUCGACGGCUCCUUUGCUGCCAGUGUGUCCAUCAUGGGCAGCGACCCCAAAGUGCGGGCCGGGGCCGUGGACGUGGUGCGGCACUGGCAGGACCUGGGCUACCUCAUCAUCUAUGUGACGGGCCGGCCUGACAUGCAGAAGCAGCGGGUGGUGGCGUGGCUGGCCCAGCACAACUUCCCCCACGGCGUGGUGUCCUUCUGUGACGGCCUAGUGCAUGACCCGCUGCGGCACAAAGCCAACUUCCUGAAGCUGCUCAUCUCCGAGCUGCACCUGCGCGUGCACGCGGCCUACGGCUCCACCAAGGACGUGGCGGUCUACAGCUCCAUCAGCCUGUCCCCCAUGCAGAUCUACAUCGUGGGCCGGCCCACCAAGAAGCUGCAGCAGCAGUGCCAGUUCAUCACGGACGGCUACGCGGCUCACCUGGCCCAGCUCAAGUACAACCACCGGGCGCGGCCGGCCCGCAAUGCAGCUACCCGCAUGGCGCUGCGGAAAGGCAGCUUCGGCCUGCCGGGCCAGGGCGACUUCCUGCGCUCCCGGAACCACCUGCUCCGCACCAUCUCGGCCCAGCCCAGCGGGCCCGGCCACCGGCACGAUCGGACGCAGAGCCAGGCGGACGGCGAGCAGCGGGGACAGCGCAGCAUGAGCGUAGCCGCGGGCUGCUGGGGCCGCACCAUGACCGGCCGGCCUGAGCCUGGGGCAGCCGCGGGCCCCAAGUAGGACACCGUGAGUGAGGCGCUGUGGUCUCCAUGGUGCUAGGCCAGGGCGGCCAGCCCCGCCAGGAGGCCUGGCCUGGGCACGCAAUGGCGGCUGGACACAAGCUUGUCCCAGGGCCUGGCGGAGGACAUAGGCCGUGCCACACAGCCCUCCCGGCCCUGCCUCGUGUCCUAGGGUCUGAGGGGUUCCAGCUUGCAGGAAGACCUGUCCCAGGAUGACAGGGACCAGGACUCCCCAUGCGGACUGGCCCGGAAGGCUCUCCUAGACAUUUGCCCUGCAUUGACCUCCCAGCGUCCCGACGACAGGCCUGGGCCCGGGCCCAGCCCGCCACUUCCCAUCCACUAGCUCACCCUGACCCCCAGGUCCCCUCCCACUUGGUAGCAGCUCCAACGGGGGACAGCCUGCUUCUUGUUAACUCGAGUUACUCAACUGUUCAACCUCACUGGUUUUGCACUGACUUUUGAGAGUGGAGAUCCAUUACCAUCUCCUGUGGCGACGGACAUGCAUGAAAAGCCAACAUUCGCUGAUCUGGGACCUCUUGCCACACAGAAGGCUCCAGGGCGGCAAAUCCUUGUGCAAGCAGGAGAGAGAGGCCAUAUCUUAAUUUCUGCAGCUCCGCCUGGCCCGCCAGCGCUGUGGCAGCCCCGGACCCCUGCCUACCUGUCCACUUGCCCCACCUGGAACCCAGUCCAGCGGCGAGGCUGGUGAGGCCCAGAGCCGGCUCCCGAGAAGCCACGCCUCGGGCUCCUGGGCCUGGCCGGGCCGGCCUCCUCUUCCACUCCUCGCCUGCCGUCCGUCAAGGCCACGUGCCUCGGCUCUCCCGUUUCUACACCUUUCUACUUCUCCAAUCUGAUUUCUAUGAGGUUUUUUUAAAUGAGCAAUCCUUGGCUGCUUCCUUUUCUUAACUCUUUCAGUACCAAGCGCAGCCCCUCCACAUGAAAACACCCAGCACUGUGACGGAGUCCAGCCUGGUUCUGGGUCCCGGGGCCCUGCCGCCCCCACCCAUGCAGUGGGGCGUGGGGUCCCCGCCUCACCUGACCCCCGUUAAUUCCACUGAAUUUCUACUCUGGGGUGAGUGGGGCACACACUUAGGUUUUUUUAAUGCCAAUUCCGUUUUGAUGCCGAAUCUAAGAAGCCACAACUUGCUUCGUUAGCUUAAGGGCAGGCAGCCAUGACACCAUUCCCCUCCUGGUAAGGACCGCGCUGUCCUGCACGCUGGGUCCGAGCAUCAGCCCUCCCUCCCCAGAAAUGACCACGAUCUCAGCUGUGGCGCUUGGCUCCGGGCGGCCCUUCUGCUGCUUCUCCACCUUCUACAUAAGGCGGGGGAGGCUGCCUGGCCAGGCUCCGACUCAGAAGCUGCUGCCAACCUGGAUACGGCCUCAGGGCCUCAUGGGCUGGGACGGGGAGGCACACCGAUUGAUGUUAACAUUCUCCCGUGUGUAGAUAUGUACAGCCAAAGGGUCAUGUAAAUGUUCCACGAAAGUGGGUCUAUACAGAGUGAGAGCUAUUUAUUUUGUGCAGAGAAAAAUUUCUGGAGGGAGAGGACCUUCAGGGUUUGUUCAUAUUUAAGAUGUAGCUUUUUGGUUUUGUUUCAGGCGUUAUGUAUAAAGCAACGAUUAUUUUAUGGACCAAGUUUUAAUGUAAGUGUUGCAAUGGAAGUGCAAUACCUGACCCCCCUCUGCUCCCCGCGGGGGAAACUGCUUGGCCUGACAAUCACAGCCCGGCGGGGGGCCCCUGUGGCCAGUGCCUCCUCCUCUGUCGGUCCCACCUCACCCCAUCUUGCCUACCGCCUCGGUGACCAGCCAUCCGGAGAAGCACCUGGAAGAGCCUCGGGCCCGCCUGCAAUAAAGGCUGGGCGGCCUGCUGGCCCGGGGAGGCCGUGUGGGCAGUGGGUCCGGCCGCUCCCAGCGGGCAGCUCUCCCAAGCUCCCCACUCCCCGCCCGCCUGCCCAGCUGCCAGCCAUGCCAAGGACAACAGCAAUAGUCCCCUGGGCCUCUCCCAGCGGCCCUUAGCCAUAGAUGGUGAGAUGGGCAGCCCACCCUCCCCGUUGACGUCUCUCUUCUAUAUCCAGGUCUGCUUCCUGCCUCCCUAAAGAUUCCUUUUGGCACAUUCUCUUCUUAAAGAAGCACCAGUUUUUCAGAAACUAAGAGGGAGGGCAGAGUCCUUUAAAAAUACCAAAAAUGUUUACAGUGUUGGGUGCUGAGCUGCAGGGCUCAGGCCCGACCAGUCGUAACCAAAGGGUGAGGCAGGCCUUGCUGACUGCCACCCCCACCCCAGGCCUGUUAGAGUAGAAGCCUUAGUCCCACUCCCAACACCGACCCCAGACUGAGCCUCAGCCCACCACCCCAGAUCCAACCACCUGCCUUCUCUUUGAUUUCUAAAGAGGGAUUCAGCAGAGACCCCACCCCCAACUUUCCCAGCUCGGUCUGAGCUGCCCGCCCGCCCGCCCCGUUGCAGUCUUCGAGCCUCGGCCCCUCCUGUCUCUCUGUCUGGGCCAUGUGUGAGCAGUGUCCUGACUCGCCCCAUCCGCCCUUGCUACCCCUGCACCUUCGGGCCUGAGUGUGCUCUGUAUACAGUGUCAUUGUCUGUUACACCAAUUAAAGAAGCAGGAAGGCUUC